UCAUACCAACCUUUUCGCCUUUUCUUGCUAAAACCGAACAAGCGAGCACUGUGACAGAAGGCUACAAGCAGCCAUGGAGGAGACCUCAGAGAAAAUCCCUAUUGCUUUGGCUGGACCUGAGGAUUUACAACAAUUCAUGCCACCUGCGUAUGCUGCUGUCGCCGUGAAGCCCUCGAGCUCUGUGCGCGCUCUCAAGAUCGCCGUGGGUGCGCUAAGCAUCGGGGCCGCGCUCCUGCUCCUCGGAGCCGUGGGUGCCUUUUACUUUUGGAACGGCAACGACAAGCAGGUGUACAGUGUCCACUAUAGCAUGAGCAUUGAUGGAAAAAUGGAGAAGGGCUCUAUGGAGAUUGACACACUGAACAACUUGGAGAGGUUCACAACAGGAAGCAAAAAUGAAGCGGUUGAGGUCUAUGAUUUCCAGAUUGGAAUUACUGGUGUCCGUUUCACCGGAGGAGAGAAAUGCUACAUCAGGUCUGAGGCCAAAGGUCACCUUCCAGAUCUGGAAUCCCUGAAUAAGGAAUCUCUGACAUUUGACUUGGAAGAUGAAGUCAUGCCUGUCAAGUUUGAAGAAGACUCUCUAAUCUGGGUCGCAGCCGAUGAGCCCCUGAAAGACAACAGCUUCCUCAGUGACAAAAUACUGGACCUCUGCAAAGACGUGCCCAUCUUCUGGAUGCGUCCUACCUACCUCAAAAGAGAGCAGAAGAAACCAGUUCCGAGAGCCAGACGACAGGCUCCGGAAGGCAACAUUGCAUUCAACCCCAACAACCCUUACCAUCUCCGUGAGGAGGGUGAAGAAAGCCCGAUGACGACUGACACCAUGCUGGACCACACCGGCGUGUGUUGCUCCGAGUGUCGCCGUAGCUACACACACUGCAUGCGCGUCUGCGAGCCUUUGGGUGGCUUCGAACCAUGGCCAUACCACUACGGAGGAUGUAGGAAAGUGUGCCGUCUCAUCAUGCCAUGCCGAUGGUGGGCGGCUCGCAUCAUGGGCCUCGUCUAAAAGGCGC